UGGAAAUGGGUAUCAAUCAUCACUUAUGCAUUUAUUAGAAAAACGUCCAGCACUUUUUAUAUCAAAAAUUGAAAAUGAUAAAUGCAUUAUAGAGAUUUAUCAAGAUUUACAAAUUAAAAGAACAAUUAUUAGUUCAACUCGGGAUUUUAUAUCACAUUCUAUAAAAAGAUAUGUUAAAUUAGGAUUGAAUAUAGAAUCUGGAGAAGAUAUAACAAAUGCUAUAAAAAAUAUUGCUAGAACGCAUGUAGCAAACCUUAUGCCAAACCGACUAAUAGAAAAAUCUAAAUUAGGCAUAUUUUCAGGAAUCGAUAAUUUUUAUGAAUGGGUAUGGUCUCAAGAUGAUGAUGUAGGAUAUAUAUAUGUUAGAGUAUUACCUGGAAUUGAAGAAUGGAAGAAAUGGUCACCUGCACAAGUUAUGAAAAUUAUCAAAAAUCAAAAUUUAGAUAUGCUGAACUCUAUCUUUACAGCCCACACUGAAAAUAAUAAACUUUG